ACUUAAAUGUUGACAAAACAAGAAAGACGAUAACCUAAAUUAAUAAAUGAAUCAUAUAAGAGCCUCUGAAAUCUCACCAACUCUUUCUCCAUCUCUCUCUCUCUCUUCCAUUUCAUUACUUACUUCAUCUCUGUUUUUCUCCUCUACCUCUCUACCUCUUCUACUAUUCUGGUCUUUCUUUUACACACGCAAAUACGCAUAUAUACACACAACCACUUCAAAUUCUUGAUUACAUGAUUACAUGAUUUCUCGAUUCCUUUUUUAUUUUUUUGCCUUUUCUGCUGAAUAUUACCCCUUAAACCCUAGAGAUCAGUAGUUUUCUGUAUUUUUCAUUUUGAUUUUUGUAGUCUAAUGGAUCUAACAGACCGUCGUAACCCUUUUAAUAAUUUUGUCUUUCCGCCGCCGCCACCGCCAUCAACGACUUUCACAAGCCCUAUUUUCCCACGAACAAGCUCCACCGGCACGAACUUCCCCAUUCUCGCAAUCGCAGUGAUCGGAAUCUUAGCCACUGCGUUCUUGCUUGUGAGUUACUACAUCUUCGUGAUCAAAUGCUGUCUUAACUGGCACCAAAUAGACAUCUUCCGCCGCCGCAGACGAAGCAGUGACCAAAACCCUCUAAUGAUUUACUCUCCUCAUGAGGUCAACAAAGGACUCGACGAAUCCGCCAUUAGGGCAAUCCCAAUCUUUAAGUUCAAGAAGAGAAACGUUGUUGCAGGAGAAGAAGAUCAGGAUAAGAGCUCUCAAGAAUGCUCUGUUUGCUUAAACGAGUUUCAAGAAGACGAGAAGCUUCGGAUUAUUCCAAACUGCUGCCACGUGUUUCACAUCGACUGUAUCGAUAUUUGGCUUCAGGGGAAUGCGAAUUGUCCCUUGUGUAGAACCAGCGUUUCUUGCGAUGCAAGUUUCCCUCUUGACCUAAUCUCUGCACCGAGUUCUUCCCCGGAGAACAGCUCUCCUUCUCGGAACCGGAAUCUUGAACACGGCAUGGUUUUAGGAGGCGACGAUGAUUUUGUCGUUAUCGAGCUUGGGGCCAGUAAUGGUAAUAACAGAGAAAGCGUGAGAGACAGAGACUUCCGUACGGAACAAGAAAGGGUUGCUUUGGACGAGGUAUUGACUGGACACAUCGCAAAACUGAUCAAUCCUUCGCCUAGAAACAUUGAUCAUCGCGCAAUGCAUAGGAAAGAGAGAAAAUUUCACAAAGUGAUGAGUAUGGGAGACGAAUGUAUCAACACUCGAGGCAAAGAUAUGCAAUUCGGUGAAAUUCAGCCCAUAAGAAGAUCGAUCUCAAUGGAUUCAUCGGCGGAUCGUCAGCUGUAUCUGGCUGUGCAAGAAGCAAUGAAUCGGAGAAAGGAGCAGAUUCCUGUGGCCAGAGACGGUGGAGGUUGUACGGAAGAUAGUAGCAGUAGUGGACCUAGUGGUAAUAACAGAGUGAUGAAGAGAUGUUUCUUCUCUUUUGGAAGUAGUAGAACUUCAAAAAGUUCCUCAAUAUUACCUGUCUAUUUGGAACCCUAAUUGUCUUUCUCUUCUUUCUUUAUUUUUAUAUUUUGAUUUUGUGCAUUUUAUUUGUUAUUUUCUAAGGUUAAUUUAUUAAAAUUAUUUUGAGGGUGAAAAUAGGAGAGACA